AUCAACAGUCCAAACGCUGAGAAGAAGAGAGCAAGGAUCCCAAGCCCGUCGAAAUUUCAGCUGAUUUCGUUUUAGAAAUCCAAGAGGCCAUCACCCAAAACGCUGAGAAGGAGAAGGAGAAGGAAGAAAGGACCCCAACACCGAAAAUCUCAGUUGAUUUCGUUUCGGAAGCCCCAAGGCCCAUCAUCCAAACAAAGAGAAGAAGAAAGCAAGGAGAUCACAACCCCAAACCCACCGAAAUUUCAGUUGAUUUCGUUUCAAAAGCCCAUAACCCAAGGACCCAACAAAGAAGAUCCACCCCCUGGCCUUGUAUAACUCAGCCCCCUAAACCUCCGAAAAAAUUUCAGUUAAUUUCGUUUGUCCACAGGAAUAUCGGUUGAUUUCGUUUUAGCAUCCCUUGGCCUUCCGAAACCCAACGAAAUUUCAGUAGAUUUCAUUUCGGGAGGAGAAGAGAGAUGUGCCUGGUGUUUGUGUGCGAUGAGGAGGAGCGCGUAGUGGGCAGGUAUGCGGCCCCUGGGAAUUGCCCUUACUGUGGGGGGGCAGUUCAGACCAUUGACGUAGAGAGCUCUUGGAGAUUUUGCUUUUUGCCCCUCAGUUUCAAUAUGAAACGUAGGUUUUUAUGCACCAUUUGUGGUAGGAAGCUUGUGUCAAAUUACUAAUCUUCUUCU